AUGUCGCACUUCUUGAUCGCGCGCGCUGCUAGCAGCGACAGCGUCAUUGGCGGCGCUGACCCCACCAAGUUUGAAACUUCCAACCCGCUCCGACUCUUCAUCAUCCAAGCCGCCAUCAUCAUUAUCGUCACGCGCGUCCUCGGUUUCCUGCUCCAGAAGAUCCGUCAACCUCGUGUCAUCGCAGAAGUCAUUGGCGGCAUCUUGCUCGGUCCCACCGCCAUGGGCCGCAUCCCUGGCUUCACCCAGCACAUCUUUCCUCCUCAGUCCCUGCCAUAUCUCAACCUCGUCUCCACUCUGGGUCUCGUGCUCUUUCUCUUCCUCGUCGGUCUCGAAGUCGACACUCGUGUCAUUCGUCGCUGCGCAAAGGAAUCCACCGCCAUCAGUCUCGCAGGGAUGGUGCUGCCAUUCGGUAUGGGAGCCGCUGUCUCAGUCGGGAUCUACAACACCUUCAUCGACAAGGAGAACGUCUCUUUCGGCCACUUCAUCCUCUUCACAGGUGUCGCAAUGGCCAUCACUGCUUUCCCCGUGCUCGCUCGCAUCCUCACCGAAACCAAGCUGCUCUACACCAAGGUCGGCGUCAUUGUCCUCGCUGCCGGUGUGGGCAACGACGUCGUCGGCUGGAUUCUGCUCGCCUUGACCGUAGCACUCGUCAACGCCGACACGGGCCUCACCGCCCUCUACAUCCUCCUUUGCGCCAUCGGCUGGAUCCUCAUGCUCUUCUUCCUCAUCCGCCCCGCCUUUAUCUGGCUCGCUCGCCGCACUGGAAGCUUCGAGAAUGGCCCUAACCAGGUCAUGAUCAUGAUCACGCUCCUGCUCGUCCUCGUUAGUGCUUGGAUCACCGACAUCAUUGGCGUGCAUCCCAUCUUUGGUUCGUUCCUUGUCGGUCUCAUGAUUCCGCACGAGGGCGGCUACGCCAUUGCUCUCACCGAGAAGAUGGAGGAUCUUGUGCUCGUCAUCUUCUUGCCCAUCUAUUUUGCGCUCUCGGGUCUCAAGACCAACCUCGGCGAUCUCAACUCUGGUAUUGCAUGGGCAUACACCGUUGCGAUCAUUGUCAUCGCCUUCUUCUCCAAAUUCAUCGGCUGUGCUGCUGCGGCCAAGGUAUUCGGCUUCAAUUGGCGCGAGUCGGCUGCAGUGGGCACGCUCAUGUCGUGCAAAGGUCUCGUCGAGCUGAUCGUGCUCAACAUCGGCCUUUCCGCUGGCAUUCUCGACACGCGUGUCUUUUCCAUGUUUGUGCUCAUGGCUGUCGUGUCGACGGUCAUCACCACGCCCUUGACCCUCUGGAUCUACCCGGAGAGCCACCGCACCAGCCUCGACGAUGCUUCCACCCACUCGCACCACGGCGGCAAGACCAGCACGGGCGAAGAGGAGGACGAUCACGACACCAGCUCGCGCCUGUCGCCCAAGCGUCUGCUCGUCGUACUCAGCAGCUUUGAGCACCUCCCCGGUCUCAUGACCCUGGUUCAGCUCAUGCAGCCCACGCUCGCCGCUGCCAACCCUGGCACGAGUGCCGAAAGCGAUGUCGCGUCCCAGGGCUUGCGUCACCGCAGAUCCAAGCAAGCUUCCUCGGGCACGCACAGCGAAGCUAACGAAAAAUCGACCGACACUGGCGAUGACGACGAGCCGUCGGUCAAUGGCGCUGAAUACCAGCCACCGGUUUUGGCCUCGGAGGCACCGUAUGCUUCAGCACUCGGCGGCCGCUCGCAAGCUCAGAUCAGCAUCGACGCUCUGCGCCUCGUCGAACUCACCGAUCGUACCUCGGCUGUCAUGAAGGUCUCCGAGUCUGAAGACACGAUGCGUGCCGACCCCAUCAUCAACGUCUUCCAGACUUUUGCGCAUCUCAACGGUCUGCCCGUUCAGUCGAGCAUGUCGGUCAUCCCUCAAGAGGAGUUUGCCACCGCCGUCACUCGUCGCUGCAAGCACGCUGGUUCCAAUUUUAUCAUUCUGCCCAUGACCCUCUCGUCGGCGCGCUCGAAUGUCAACAGUGGUGCUUCUGCCGGACAGGACGCUGCUCCAGUCGCGGGCCCCUCCUCGCCUUUGGCUGCAACGCUCGCCAACCCGCUCGAGAACCUCUUCGGUGGCGGAUGGGCUUCGAACCCCUCGGAAGGCUUGAAGGGCCGAUACUCGGCACAGCACUUCAACGUGGUCCGCAAGAUCAUCCAGACGGCCGAGACGGACGUGGGCCUGCUCAUCGAGCGUAAGGUCACCAAUAAGCGCAGCCAGCAAGGCCUCUUCUCUCGUGUCGGUACGCAGCACGUCCUGCUCGCCUUCAUGGGUGGUCCCGACGACCGAGCCGCUCUCGACCUCGUGGCCAGGCUGUGCGCUAACAACCGCAGCCUCUCGGUGCUCGUCGUCCGCAUGAGCCGUAUCUCGUCCGAGGAAGCGGGUGAAGACCAGCUUCCCACUGUGCCGCCGACGGUACACCACGAGCUGAGCCUCAACUACACGCACCAAGCGGCGCUUCGAGCGGGCGGAUCCAACAUGGACACUGUAUACCCCACGCAGCACGGUGCUCGUGCAGGUGUCCCACUUCAAUCUGCCCUCGAAGCGACGCUCGAGGACGACCUUGCGCUGCAACGCGUUGAGGACCAAAUCGCCGCUGACAGGUUCAACGGCCGACUCACGGUUCAGAUCGUCUCCACGGCGCGACCCCUGCGCGAGCUGAUCCAUUUGACGGAGACGCACCAACCCGCUAUCGUCGUCGUAGGUCGUGGGAGGAGGAACCCCACCCAGACGCACCGGGACGAGCUCAAGGCCUUGAUUCAGACGCACCACUCUGGCGACGCCGUGGAGCGCCAGCUCAACAGCGAAAUCACCAAGGUCAUUGGCGAACCUGCUACCGCGCUCACUUUCAGCAACGGCGCGAGUAGCACGCUUGUCAUUGCGGCUGGCUUCACCGCUGCUCGCCGCUAG